AUGGAUGCGAAUAACGCGUUUCGUAACCCAAGUAGUGUCAUAAAGAUCGAUAUUCCACGUUUUGAGAGAGUUAUUGAGCCUACAGGAAAGGACUAUACGGUAUACAAGGUUGUUAUUGCCAAAGCGGGAGGCACGAAGGAAAUUGAGAAACGAUAUAGUGAAUUUGAUAAACUACAGAGGAGAUUAAACAAGAGUGAUCAAUUACCGAGAAACAUUGAAUUCCCUCCAAAAACUUUUAUAUUUAACUCGGGUUCUAUUAAAGAAGAGCGGCGAAGAAAAUUAAGAAUAUUUUUACAACAAUUAUGUGAUCUUAAUCCCAUUCCUGAAGAAGUGCUAGCAUUUCUAGGAAUUUCUCAGCCUGUACAGUCAAAUUUAACGAAUUCCAAGAUAAUUGAUACUUAUAGUUCUAGCGAGGAUCUGUUGGACAGUAGUACAAGUUACACACAUCAAUCAUUGCUGGCUUUUACUAAUGAUCCAUAUAUAUUUGACCAUGAACAGUCACAAGAUGAUAUAUUACUCAAAGGAAUACUGGAUGGUAUAUAUGAAGACUCUACAACAGGUCUUGAUGUUGGUAAUAGGUAG